AUGAGUAAUCAAACUUUAUUCGACAUUUAUGGUGAUCGAGGGCUUCCAUUUGGAUUAAUUACCGUUAAUGUUGUUAGAGUUGUUAUUUCUACAAUUGGUGUUUUGCUUAAUGCUGCUUUUGUUUUUGUUACAAUAAAAAUUAAGUUGGUUCUCGUAAAAAUAUAUCCUUUAUAUCUUUGUCUGUAG